AUGGUGUCGGUGGGAUUUGAACAAGUUGAACGAGAUUUAUACAAGUGGUUCAUCAAUUCUCGGUUGAAAAGUUUGCCCAUCUCCGGACCUAUUCUACAAACAGAGGCCACUAAAUUGGCAGAAAACCUCGGAAUCAGUGAUUUUAAAGCUUCAAAUGGUUGGCUUGACCGGUUCAAACGAUGGCACAAUAUCAUCUGCAAACAAAUAAAUGGGGAAGCAAAUGAUGUAAAUCAAGAUACAGUUGAAAAUUGGAAACGCAAACUCUCAGUUCUCAUCAAAGGGUAUGAAGCUAAAGACAUUUACAAUGCCGACGAAACCGGUGUUUUUUUUCAAAGGAAUCCCUACCAAGUCUUUAGUGAAAUCAGGAAGCCUCUUGUUAUAGGAAAAUCGUUGAAACCUCAUUGUUUUAAAAAUAUGAAUAUUGCUUUAUUACCUGUGACUUGGAAAUUUAACAAGAAGGCAUGGAUGACGGCUGAAAUAAUGGAACAGUGGCUGCAAUAUUUCAAUGCAGACAUGCGAUCACAGAACAGAAAUAUUUUAUUAUUUUUAGACAAUGCGACAUGCCAUCCUUACAUUGAAUGUCUAAUGUGA